GUUUCAGGGUAUGAAUGCCAAAUCGAUUGUUGGGUAGAAAAUAUAUUUAGAGACACUGAAGAAAAAAUUUCAAAUUGACUUCGGUCCAGUUCUAGCACUGUACCCUCAUACACCACAGCUCUGUCGAAAGAGGAGCAAGCUUGUGCUCUGGGCUUGUAGGUAUGAAACGUCCCAUACUUUUCUUUUCUUUCCUUCCCUAUAGGAUAUGCUUUCCUUCAUCAAUCAAAACGGGCCGUUUACAGAAGGCAUCUUCGGAAAAUCAGGCAAAAUACAAUCAUGCAAAGCCCUAAAGAAGAAACUAAACUCUCGGGACAAAGUGAACUUGGAUGAUGAAUCCAUUUUUGUGGUAGCAUCCACCUUAAAGGAUUUUCUUCGAAAUAUUCCAGGAGGCAUAUUUUCAGCCACUCUCUAUGAUAAAUGGCUUGAUGUUAUUGAUCAAGGGAAUGAGGAGGAGAAAAUAACUGCGACCCAGAGGCUUCUAGACCAGCUGCCAAGAGCCAAUGUAGUUUUUCUGCGAUACCUUUUUGGAGUGUUACACAACAUUGAGCAACAUUCCUCAUCCAAUCAGAUGACAGCUUAUAAUUUAUCAGUGUGUAUGACCCCAAGCAUUCUUGGUCUGCUUAAUUCUGGCAGCACAGCAUUAGAAAACUUCACCAAGAAGAUUUCUUUCAUACAAUUUCUCAUUGAAAACUGUCUCAAGAUAUUUGGAGAAGAUAUCACGUCUCUCUUUGGACCGAAGUCAGUGAGUUGUGAUAACAGUGAUAUCACUGACGUCACUGAUAACAGUGAGAAGGUUGCAGUGACAACAGAACAACCUCUUGAAUCCAAGCCAGUGAGAGUGACAGUGAUUUACAGAAAGGCACAACUGCAGUAUAAUGCCAUGACCUCAUCAAGGAUGGGUCCAUCCACUGACCUGUCUACAGUUUUCUAAGUUCCUGAAGAUUACAGUGCCCAUAAGCACAGUUUACCCUUCCUUUUUCUUUAUCUUAUAAUAUCUCACUUGAGAA